AUUUAUUUAAACGCAUAAAAAAACUUGGUACAAUAUGGCACCAAGAAAGAUGCGCCACACAAUAAUAAUAAAACAACAUAGAUCAAAAAAAAAGGAAGGAAGGAAAAGAAAAAAUAUAUAUAAGUAGAGAACGGAUAAAGAACUUCAUCUGGAAGGAAAACAGUCAUGCUUAACAAGUUCAAACAGUGUUCGUUAGCUAUCAUCGGGAAGGGAAGAAAGAAGGAAAUCACAACACAUUCGCCACUGAUUACGAUUCUUGGCCAUAUCCGAUAACGUUUCGAGCCAUCGAUUUGAGCUAUCUCUCGGACCCCAACCAGGGAGUCGUGACACACCAACCGAUGCUAAUCUAGCACAAAAAUCCUUCAUCCCACGACGCCACGUCAUGGACUGACCACCUCUCCGCCUUUUCCAUCCCGUCCCAGGGCUAGCGAACAGAGACCUGUACGGAAGCCUCUGGGGUGACAUUCGGAGCACAUGUCCAAGCCACCGGAGCCGGUGUUUCCAGAUGACGACAUUCAAGGAAUAGUGAUCUCCACUUUGUUCAAACACACGCCGCCGAACCUCAGAAUUACUCACGCGAUGAUGCCAUCGAACGCAAGCAAUCCUGCGGAGACAGCGGUGAUCGAACACGCAGAGUCGCCGCACAUCCUCAGCUCGGAGAGGCCAGGUUUCACAGGCGUAGAGCAAACAGCUCGCACCGAAGCAUUGUAUACCCGACCUUUGACAGCCAGGCUAACGUCGCGACGGCGCCAGAGGUGGCUCAAGUUGAUGUAUGCCACCCUAGCCUUCAUUAUACGGUUGGAAAUCUCAUCCGUCACCCCUCCGCCAGCACUCACACAACUACCCAGGUACACAAACUUAUCAACAACUUCAAGCGGUUCACCCGCAAGAGUGAGUGCAGGUACAGGCUCCUGCCAAUCUUGUAACAGUACUUUGCACUUAGACGGCGCAAAGCACAUACCAUACUUACAGACACUGAUCGCCAACUGAUUAAGUGCGAUUUGGGCAGCCUGCAUGCUAUCGCACAGUAAGACGAUAUCGUCUGCAUACUCGAGGUCGAAAAGUCUAUCUCCAGGUAGCAGAUCUACACCACCUUCACGCACAUCCUUCAGAGCUGACUCCAGAAUGUCAUCGAUGGCAAAGUUAAAGAGAAACGGAGAGAUUGGGCAACCCUGUCUAACCCCACUGUUGGUUGGGAACAGUGGUG